AGAAUGUCGGUUAGUUUUAUAUCGGGACGGACAAAAGACUCAGUCCAUCUAGUCUACAAAGAUCACAGAUUCAGUCGGGACAGAACCAGGAACGACACUAUCUACUGGAGGUGCAUGAUGAGUCGUAAAACAACCCUGAACCCCAUAAUUUGCAAAGCAAGGAUUAGCACUGAUAAAGAUGGGAAUAUUAUCUCAGUGGGACAAAGCCACAACCAUCCUCCAAACAAAUUAGAGAUACAGAUAAGGACGUGUAUAUCAGACAUUAAGCGUUUAGGUGUACUCCAUGAGAAGGACCAGAUGGAUGUCUCGGAGAAGGACUUGUUUAAGAAGCUAGUAGAGAACUUCCCAGAAAAACUCAAACCAGAGCGAAGGAAGAUAAGACCCAGGCAACAGAGACCCAAGCUCCAGAGACAAGAUAUGCGGGGACAUCAUGCUCCAGUGCUGAGUUGUGGAUCACAGCUGGAAAUAGGAAUACCCUCACGAACAAUGCCCACUUUUAGUCUGGCCCAUCUUAACAACAACUCUCAGUUCCAACUCACUGUAGACAUGAAACCUAUGGUAGUGGAGCCGGAAGUGUCGUUACCCCCGGUAACCACGUCGUUACCCAUGGUCACCAAUCAACCCGCUCCAUCACUACACCUUCCCCUGCAGGUAUCCCCCCACAACAGUCUGCAGCCCCACCCUGCACCCCACACCCCUCCACUCAACUCUCCCGACAUAUCGCCCCAGUUUCCUCUAGAACCCUUCUCUGCUAUGCUCGUUACCCCCGGUAACCACGUCGUUACACCCGGUAACCAUGAUAACGCUGCUAUGCUUGCGUCUCUGGAGAAGGAGCUUCUGAGUCUCCUGGAUGUGGAAGAGCUCUCUAAACUAAUGCCUCUUCUCUCUGGUGCUGUGGAUAAGAACACCUCACCCCCUCCCUCUCCUCAACCUUGGGCUCCGGAGAUCGAGAGGUUGUUCUCCGAGGUUCUGUUAAGGAAUCCAAUAGCAUGAGGAAGGUUUGUGACCCAGCGCAGGGUAGACAGCUGUGAUCAUGAUAAUGUUGAUUAAUGUAGGGCGGGGAGAAACAGUCAAUUUAUAGUUUUCUCAAGUUGUGAAGUUGGUAUCAGAUUCCAUUGAAAAUAACGACCCCUCCUGUUUUAAAGAAAUGAUUUGAUUGUGUACUUUAGCAGAUAUCUAUAUUCAGACACCAAAUUGAAAUGAAUCUGGAUCUUAUCAGAAUAGAUCAAUGAUCAGGAUUUGAAACGAAGCAGAAAGGAAGAAUUCUAUAAACUAAAAUAAGGAUAUUAUAUACUUCAAGUGAUUUGUGAGUGGAACUUUUGCUCGUGAAUAAAGUGACCCUCAGGACCGAGCUUUAAUUCUGUAUUUGAAUUGGAUAAAGGGAAAACUGUAUUUUGAUUGAAUUUAAACGUUAUACGGAAGAUUUUCAGUCCUUAUCAAAAUUAUCGAACAUUUUUACCAUGAUGGCAUGAUAGUUAAAUUUGAAUUGUAAAGAAACUAAAAUCCGCAUGAUUUUCCAUAAUUCGCAGAGAAUUUUUGAUAUUGUCAAUUCUCACCCACUAUUACUAAACAGAAUAAACUUAAUUAUUUAUUCAACAAACCAGUAAUCUAGUCAGGCGGAUUACGUUGCAUGCAUGUGGAAUUUAAAGAAGUUUUAUGUAACUGAUCGGAAUUGUUAAACGAAAUGAGGAGAGAAGAAAUGAACAAGAUAACCAUGCAAAGUUUAUAGAGUUUUAAAUUAUGCAACUAAGUUUUAAGUUAUGCAACUAAGUUUUGAUGCAUCAGUUAGAAAGAGUUAUUAUUAACUGAAUAUUGUGCUUGUUAUGCCCUUUUCUAAUAAGACCACAGUAUUUUAUUUUCAUGUAAAAUAAAUAACGAAAUGUC